AUGAAGCCUAAUCGUGCUCAAGAUAAUCUCAUUCCAAAUCGCGCAAUAAUUACAAAAAAUUCGACAACAAGAAUUGCGAUGACAGCAAAAACUCGUUCACAUUGGAAGGAAUAUGGAACAGCACUUUGUGCUACACUCAUCACCGCAACAGCGGGUACCUGCUACGGAUGGCCAUCACCCACGCUACUCAAACUACAAGAACCAGACAGUCCUAUACCAACUACAAGCGAUGAGAGAUCAUGGAUAACAUCCAUAAUGAUCCUGUGUUCAGCGCUGACACCUGUACCCUCUGCUUACUUGGCGGACCGGUUCGGGAGAAAAACGACACUACUUCUCGGAGCAGUGCCGUUCAUCAUCGGUUGGAUACUGGUCAUCGUGGCCAAGUCUGUAGCCGUCCUGUACGUGGCUCGAAUGUUCUCUGGCCUCGGCUAUGGUAUCGUCUACACAGUUGCUCCUAUGUAUACAGGAGAGAUCGCAACAAAUCAAGUUCGAGGAGCACUCUCCACUCUCAUCACGUUAAUGAAUAAAGUCGGUAUUCUUGCCCAAUACUGCAUCGGUCCUUUCGUGUCGAUGCCAAUGCUCGCCGGUAUCAACUUAAUCCUGCCAAUCUCUUUUGUACUUAGUUUCAUAUUUUUGCCGGAAUCUCCUUACUACUACUUAAAAUAUGAAAGAAGUGAAAGGGCUGAACGGUCCCUAACAAACUUACGCAGUGGUGAUAUUAGAAAUGAACUGAAGAGUAUAGAACUAAACGUCCAAGAGGACAUGAAAAACCGUGGAACGUGGGGCGACUUGCUCACAGAAGCCACUAAUAGAAAAGCAAUGUGGAUUACUCUUGGAAUUUUUACUAUACAGCAAUUUUGCGGUAGUGCUGCUGUGGUUGCGUAUGCUCAAAGUAUUUUUAACUACGCAAUGAGGCCAUCAAAUAUAACUCUUCCUAAUUCCACUGUUGUUACCAAUGAAACUGCAGGUGUAACCCUUGAACCCUAUCAAGAGUCCAUUAUUCUUGGAUGCGUACAAGUUGCCACUUGCGUACUGUCCGUCAUACUCGUCGACCGUGUUGGAAGGAAGCCACUUCUAUUGCUGUCGGCUCUGGGAGUUGGAUUGAUGAAUGCUACAAUCGGUACAUAUUUUUACUUUGACCACACAAAUCCUGUAGUACUGGCAAAUUGGAACUGGCUGCCGUUAGCAUCGCUCCUCGUAUACAUCGUUUGUUAUGCUAUUGGGUUAUCAACUGUACCCUAUGUCAUUAUUGGAGAAAUGUUCCCGACAAACGUCAAGUUGUACGCUUCUUGUGUCGCUCACAUUUACACCGGGAUAUCUAUGUUCGCUGUUCAAAAACUAUUUCAGGUGAUUGGAGAUGCAUAUGGAAUUUACACAGUAUUCUGGGGUUUUGCAACCUUCUCAAUUAUGGGUCUCGUAUUCAUGAUCGUCAUACUACCGGAGACAAAGGGCAAAUCGUUCGCAUGCAUCCAAGCGCAGUUGCGACGCGAAGUGGCACGGGACAACGCCAAGAAAUUAGCGACUGUGGAAUAUUGA